AUGGAGGCGGAUAGUAUGCUUUCCAAAGAAGUAGUGAAGAAGAAACCCAAGAGGGGUAACAUGUCAGCUCUCGACUCCGACCAUGCAGUAGCUCAACCAGAGCCUCCCGUGCCAGUCGUUGGCGGAACUUCCUCACUUCAGAAGACCGCAACAGGCGCACCGCUCGAUCUCACAGGGGCCCUGGCGGAUGCUGUAGAGGGUACGACAGGCACAGAUGAGCGUGUUAACACCCACGGCCUGACUGUUCUUUCUCGCGCACGAACAGUGCCUGUGCUGCCUGUUGCCGCCCGUUGCUGCCCGUGCCUGUGCUGCCUGUUGCCGCCCGUUGCUGCCCGUGCCUGUGCCGCCCGUUGCCGCCCAUUGCUGCCCGUGCCUGUGCCGCCUGUUGCCGCCCGUUGCUGCCCGUGCCUGUGCUGCCCGUUGCCGCCCGUUGCUGCCCGUGCCUGUGCUGCCCGUUGCCGCCCGUUGCUGCCCGUUGCCGCCCGUUGCUGCCCAUGCCUGUGCUGCCCGUUGCCGCCUGUUGCUGCCUGUUGCUGCCCGUGCCUGUGCUGCCUGUUGCCGCCCUUUGCUGCCCGUGCCUGUGCUGCCCGUUGCCGCCCGUUGCUGCCCGUGCCUGUGCUGCCCGUUGCUGCCAGUGCCUGUGCUGCCUGUUGCCACCUGUUGCUGCCCGUGCCUGUGCUGCCUGUUGCCGCCCGUUGCUGCCCGUGCCUGUGCCGCCCGUUGCCGCCCGUUGCUGCCCGUGCAUGCGCUGCCCGUUGCCGCCCGUUGCUGCCCGUUCCUGUGCUGCCUGUUGCCGCCCGUUGCUGCUCGUGCCUUUGCCUGCGCCCUCCCACCCCUUCAGUAGGAUUCCAAGAAGUCGUGCGUCUUCGCUCAGAGAUCAAUGACCUUCAGACGACAUUGAAAGAAACGCAGGAGUGGGCUCUGGACGUUCAGAUCGCGCUCGACGAGAAGGAGGUGGCGUAUGCAUCUCUAUCCCUGCGCUUCGAGGAGCAAGAAGCGUUGAUCCUUGCUCUGCGCCAGCAGAUUGCAAACACCGCCAACACUCAUGGCGCUGUUGUCAACACUGUCAUCAUGCCGACCUACGACCUGCAGAUGCUCCCACGGGACCACAACAACGUCGUCAUCAUCCCGGCCACGCUAUACCAAGACCAUCCGUGUGGGAAAAAGGCCCUAGAGGCCUUCACCUUCAUGACGACAACAGCACCGACUUGGAAGAUUCUCUUCUAUCCGUCGUGGCCCGACUUGGGCGAGAUGAUGGCAGAGAAGUACGCUAAAGAUGGCGUCUCGAGGGAUAUGUUUUACUACGUGAUCUGCAACUUCCCUGCAAAGGAGAACAUUGCCAUGCGCAAGGUGUCGGAAAAGCGCAGCAACUACAACUGUGACAUCAAGCUGGACCGGUUUCAUUCCCCUGCCUUCCCUCGCGGUAACGUAACAUGCAGCAGCAUGCUAGACAGCAACACUGGUGUGCGUAUAUGCAGCAAAGGCGCCUUCCGCUGCAAUAUGAUGUGCAGCAGCACGCUCGCCAGCACUGGUGGGACUCCACAUAGCAGCGCCAGCAAUGAUACAAGUGGCAGUGGCAGCAAAGGUGGUGGCCGCGACAGCCUGUCGCUGGCAGCGAUGAAGCACAUCGCGGCUGUGGCAUCUGCAAAAGGCUGCAUCGGCAAGUCCACCACUGCCGGUGUGCCUCUUCGCCUCUCCACAACUCCGCCUCUCCGCCUCUCCGCCUCACUGCCUCAGUGUAUCAGCGCCGUGCCCCUCGCCACUUCCUCCUGUUCUUUCCGCUUCCCCCUCUGGAUCCCCCUAACCCCAUCCCCCUACCCUUGUUAUUUCCCUUAUUCCUUCCCUUCAUUGAGAGUACACGGGCUUACUCACGCGCGCUGCUCACCCCUCCCUCCUUCCAGUCAUAGAUCUCUCCUCCCCCCAUUCCCGCAACCUCCCCAUGCUUUUCCACUUUUCUCCCCAUCCACCGCAUCCCCCUUUUCCCCCACCCUCCCGUCCAGUAGUCGGCCCACCGCCGCAGUGAACCUCGCAAUGGCGCUCAUCCAUGAAUCCCCCAUUCCUUCCAUUCUCCCUUCUCCCCAUCCCAAAUUACUCCCACCCCAUGCACUGCAGUGCACUGCGCAGCAGCGCUCGUCCUUGCCCGCAUGUGGGGCUGCUCACCUCUGCCUCCGUCCAUUCGCGUCUCUCUUCCUCCCCCCCUUUCCCCCUUCCCUUAAUCCCGCCUUCCCCCCACCUGCAGUGAACCUCGCAAUGGCGCUCGCCCACAAGAAGUGCCACCCCCCCAAAUUCCCCCCCCUACGGCCAUUCGCCCCAUCCCCCCUUCCCCGCGUGCAUCAGCACCAGCAGUAUUGGCGCCAGUGGAUGGGGGAAGGACGGACCAUGGGGGCGGACAACAGGGCAUGGGGAGCAGAAGUAGCAGGAGCAGCUGAGCUGGAAGAUACUUCUACAAGCCUCCCUGGCACCAUCUCUCCUCACCCCCAGACCGCCUCCAUUGCUCCUCCACCUGCUACUGCUGAAACUCCUCCAAUAGACGUGGCUGGCAGCUAA